AAUAAUAUAUCUAUUAUCCUUGUAAGCACCAUCUAUGAACCAUUGCCUUCAACUAUCAAUAACCUCAAAAUAAAAGUUUAUUCGAGAUGAGAUUAACACAACUGCUGUGUUCGUCUGUGGGAAAAUGGUCCAAGCAAUUUUCCAACCUGCCUGAUAGGUAUAUUGAGAGGACCAUGAAUCAGGUGUACUGGAAGAACCCCAAGGGGUCACAAUAUAAACCAAAUACUGAGGUGAAACGCAAGAAAUUCAGAUUUUCCGUGCAUAGGCCAUGGACAGCGCAAUUCAGGCAGCAGAAUUCACCUGGUAAACUGUACAAAAAAGUGUUUGUUGAACCCAUCAAGGAUUGGAGCUUCUUCCGGGGUGAUCGUGUAGAAGUACUUGUGGGACCUGAUAAAGGAAAACAGGGCUAUGUAAAACAGAUUAUUGAGGAGAGGAAUUGGGUUUUUGUUGAGGGUUUGAAUUGUACUCUGAAAGAUAUGGGAGGUGAUAAAAAAUAUCCGGGUAUUUAUGUGAAGAUGGAGCAACCACUUUUGGUCACCACUCAGGUGUCUCUGGUGGAUCCAUCUGAUUUGCAAGCAACUGCUUUUGAGUGGAGGUUCACAGAGGAAGGUGACAAGGUUCGGGUAUCUACAAGGACUGGAAGGAUCAUUCCAUUGCCUGCAUCUAUUGAAGAAACCAUUGACUACAAAAGCAAAGCCACUUACAAGGAGCAACCUAAGGAUACUUUAGCUGAUGAUGUCUCUGAGGUUACUUUCCAACCAGCAUUGAAGACUUUCCAGAUGGACAUCAUGGAAAGUAUGGACAUCAAAGAUGAGAGAGUACCACUAAAGACAUACUGGUACUAAUGUAUAUAAUUUAUAGUUUUAUUGUUAAUAAAUAAUUAAAUCACAA